AUGACCGGUAUCCCGUGUCCCCGCAGGCUGGCCCGGCGCUCCAAGUCCGCCCUGCUGAUCGCCGCCUUGGCCGUGCUGCUGGUCCAGACACUCAUCGUGUGGAACUUCAGCAGCCUGGACUCCGCAGGCGGCGGGGACGGAGGCGCCAGGAGCCGGGAGAAGAGAGAGGAGCGAGCCGGGGGGCUCAACAAAGCAGACAAGGAGCACCCGCGGAGGGGGCUGCAAAAGAAGGGCGAACUGCCGCCGCUCGGGAAGGCGGCCGUACAGCACAAGCUGCAGGCGGAUGCCUACCAUUCCCACCGUCCCAAAGAGAAACUCCGCCUGGACAGCAACAACAAUGAGAACUCAGUCCCUAAAGACUUUGACACCAUCGACAGCAACAGCAACAGCAACCUGGGAGCCCGACGGCAGCGAUUUCCACUCGCUAACUCCAAGCGCAAGCUGGACAAGGCCCAAGCACAGAGCAUGCUGGGAAAACCUGCAAACGAGGUCCACAAGUUCCCUCCGGUGCAACCCAGAGGGGUGGGGCCCCAUAACAAUGGCACCCACGUCCGUAAACCCCACCCCCAGGUUCCAACGGUCCCAAUAGCGGUGCAGGGGUCCGAUCAGUUUCACACGGCAAAGACGUCCUCUACGCUGCCACCGCCCGGCGUGGUGGUGAAGAAGGAGCAGCCGCAGUGCGAGAUCAGCGGGAAGGAAGCCAUUUCUGCUCUGUCCCGGGCCAAGAGCCGCGAGUGUCGGCAGCAGAUAGUGGAGAUCUACUGCAAACACAAAAACAAAGCCCUGAUGCCGGAGACAGUGCCUCGCUACUGCCCCAUAGAAGGUAAGGCCAAUGUGAACGUACAGUGGGACGAGGACCCCUCGGGGUCCGCCCAGCUGGUCCCGGCCCGGAUGGCCUUCGUCCUGGUGGUCCACGGCCGGUCCUCACGUCAGUUCCAGCGACUCUUCAAAGCCAUCUACCACACCUCGCACUACUACUACAUCCAUGUGGACCAGAGGUCCAACUAUCUCUACAAAGAGGUCCUGUCUCUGGCCGGACAGUAUCCUAACGUCCGGGUGACUCCCUGGCGGAUGUCCACCAUCUGGGGCGGGGCCAGCCUGCUGACUAUGUACCUGCGCAGCAUGGAGGACCUUCUCAAAAUGUCCGACUGGUCCUGGGACUUCUUCAUCAACCUCAGCGCCGCAGACUACCCCAUCAGGACCAACGAGCUGCUGGUGGCGUUCCUGUCCAAGUACCGCAACAUGAACUUCAUCAAAUCUCACGGCAGAGACAACGCACGAUUCAUUCGUAAGCAGGGUCUGGACCGUCUGUUCCUCGAGUGUGACACGCACAUGUGGCGUCUCGGGGACCGUAAGAUCCCAGAGGGCAUUGCGGUGGACGGAGGCUCUGAUUGGUUCCUGCUGAACCGGCCCUUCGUGGACUACGUGGUGAACUCCAGAGACGAGCUGGUCAGCAGCAUGAAGAGCUUCUACGCCUACACACUGCUGCCUGCUGAGUCGUUUUUCCACACGGUUCUGGAGAACAGCGCCCACUGUGAGACGAUGGUGGACAACAACCUGAGGCUCACCAACUGGAACCGCAAGCUGGGAUGUAAAUGUCAGUACAAACACAUCGUGGACUGGUGCGGCUGCUCGCCCAACAACUUCAAGACCUCUGACCUGCCGCGCUUCCAGCAAGCGUCGAGACCCACCUUCUUCGCCAGGAAGUUUGAGGCCAGCGUGAGCCAGGAGAUCAUCAACCAGCUGGACUCCUACCUAUUUGGAUCUCACCCCUCGGGGACCCCGGGGCUCCAGGCCUACUGGGAAAACAUCUAUGAGCAUGAGACGGACGGCCCCGCCAGCCUAUCAGACUCCACGCUCAGCCACUACCACGCCUUUGCUCGUAUGGGACUGUCCCGCGCCGCCAGCUUGCUGCAGGGACACCCCAAUGACAACAGCUGCAGGUUCAUGUCCACGAGCCACCCCGUAUCCGUCCACCUCUACUUCCUGUCAGACAAGUUCCAGGGCUACCUGCUGCGCCACGUGGCCACCAACCGAGCCUCCGCCCAGCUGGAGAGCCUGGAGACCUGGGUGACCUCCAAAGACCACUACACCCCCGCCAGCCCCCCCCAACCCAACAACAGGCUGCAGCACGUCCAGGUGGGGGCGGACUGGGACCCUAAGGAGCGUAUCUUCAGGAACUGGGGGGGUCUGCUGGGCCCCAGGGACGAGCCGGUUGCCGUGCAGCGCUGGAGCCGCAGCCAGAGCAACCUGACGGCCACCGUGGUGUGGAUCGACCCCACCAACGUCAUCGCCGCCACCUACGACAUCCUGGUGGACGCCUCCGCCGAGGUCACGCACUACCGGCCGCCCCUCAGCCCCCCGCUGAGGCCCGGCCUGUGGACCCUCAGGGUGCUGCACCACUGGAACCUGCUGGGCCAGACCAGCUUCAUCAUGGCCCCGCUCGAGUUCCACCGGCAGCAGCCCAUACAGCAAGAGGACACCCUGCGGCUGCACAGCGGCCCGCCCAAGAACUCCUACAUGGAGCAGAGCUUCCACGGCCUGAACCCCGUGCUGCGGCUGCCGGUGAGUCUGGGGGCAGUGGAGGAGGCGGAGGCCAACGCCGGCCUGACGGGGGCGCCGCUGCGUCGCUGGCUGGACCGCCUGCUGGAGGGCCACUGGUCGGCCGCGGACGUCUGUUCCAUGGGCCCCAGCGUGUGUCCCAUCAUGCAGCGCUGCAAGCUCACCCCCUGGAGCUCCGCCAGCCCCGACCCAAAGUCUGAGCUCAGCCCCCCCAGAGAGGACGGGAGGAUCAGGUAGCAGACGUACGGACUGAGGGAGGACACAAGGAACACAUGAAGGAAGACACACGUCCUGUCUGAUAUUUAUUUAUUUAAAAGUGUGUGUAACGUUACAGUGAAAGGGAUUAAUGAAACUCUGGAGGCAGCGACGGGUAGAAGAGAGGAAACAUCUCCUUCAGUCCUCAGUCAGUCUGCUGCUCUCAUUGUUGCUUGGGACAUCAUGCUGUGUGCGAGUGUGUGGGUGUGAAUAAGUGUGUGUGGACGCGGUGUGUCAGAAGAACUCUAUACCUCCUGAUGUGAGCGUUUCCCUGGGGGAAGGUAGGCAGGUGUUACAUGUUCAGAUGCUGAAAUAUAAAACAGUUGGUCCUUGUAGACCAAUUCAUACUUUCUGUGUCCAUGAAGGUCCCGAGCCCCCUGGAAGAGCGCCUGGCUUUGAGCUCAUUUGUAUCUUGGCCAAGCGGUGGAAUUAUAACUUUCCUGUCUCAAGAUGACGUACAGCACACCUCUAGCUGGAAGAAACAGGAAAAAAUGAGCAAGCAAUAGAAAUAUGUCAUAUUUAUUUUGUAUUAUUUAUUUGGUGCCAAAAUGACCAUUUAAUUCAAAAGUGUUCAAAACAAAGAACUGUCUGAAUCCUUCAGUCAGCGUAUUUUAUUGGACUUUACACACGUUUUAAGUCAGUGGCUAAUAUUUCAUAUGCUGGAAUUUGCUUUGACAAAAACAUUUGCCUUGGUUGUGCGGUGUCUAACGGUUACAACAUUUUGUAUAAUUGGUCUCAAAAAAAACAAAUGGUAUCAGUUAUAAUGAAAUGAUUGGAUGGAAAACAUGUAAUGAUAUACCUAUCAGCAGUAAACAGAGCACAAGUUAAGCCUUGGAAGGGAAUAUAUGUCUGAACACAGAGCCAAAAAGGUACAUAUAAAAUAAGUUAGAUAAAUUGAUAAUUGAAUGUGAUAAGAAGAGAUUUGUUCCACAAUUAAUAUUCCUGUAUUCAGAAUAUCAGAUUGCAGUACUCUGGAAAGUUAAUGGGCAAAAGCUAAUUCUCGAAACAUUUUUGGUUCCUUCCAUACUAAAAAAAAAGAUAUACCCAUGCAUAAAGUAUUUCGCUGAGAGUUGAGUUUGAGUGUAGUGCGGGGGAGAGGAGACCACCAACACAGGUUUUGCACCUUUAGAUUUCCAUGCUGCUCUGUGAUGGACAUUGUGCCAAGACGUUAAAUAUUCAUAGGGUUGCACCAGUUAGGAUGAAGGUUACACUGUGUGGCUUUUAAGAGCAGUGACGCAUAAGAGGCUUAUGUAAACAACAGCUUUAGUAACGGUUUUUUAAAGACUUGGCUAAUAUUUUCAGUUUUAGUCAGAGACACUGAACAUAAACAAUACUGUUAGUGAAAACAAAUCUGAAAGGUUGGUUAACUGGAUUAAAUGUCAGUUCAGUCUCAUUCGAUAGAGUUUGGAAUUGUAGCUACAUAAGAUUUUAUUUAUUAAUCUUCAGUUUUUUUAUGGAUUACACAAACUACGUUUAAAAAAUAAUUCAGCUUUAGAUGAGCCAGGCUAGCCUUUCCCACCUGCUUUCAGUCUUUAUGAUAAGAUGAUCAUAUUUUUUUGUUAAUUUACAGCAAGAAAGGGAAUAAAUGUUCUCCUGAAAAUGUCCAAAUAUUACUUUUCAACCCCACCCUACAUAUGUUACUUGUGUUACCAAAUAACAACUAACAAAGCUUGAUCCUCGCUGGUGCAAUCCAUCUUUUGUUUGAUACUAUAAAAACUGAUAUUUACUAUUUUUUGAUAAAUCAUUUCAAUGUGUGUACUAGUAGUUGCCAUGUGACUAUUAUUGGGACCAAAACUGGGGAGGAGUGUUUUUGUUUUGUUUUAACCAUGAGAGUGAAGCUGAGAAUGAUUGUUGUUCUGUGACAGUCAGCACUUUACGUAUAGCAUAUAAUGGUCACAAAAAGGAUUGUGACUAUUAUAUAUAAAUUAUUAUUUGAAAUGGACGCCUGGUGCAGAUGUUACCAGAUGUUAUGUUUCAGCACAGUGUUGGUGGGUGUAGCCCUGAAAGAGCCAUCUUCUGUUAAAUAUAUCAGACAUUUACUGCCACUAGAUUAAGGGUUCAAAUGACAGCAACAGGUACGAUCUGGUUAUGUUUUUAACCUUUGGAUUUCUGAAAUAGACGGAGGACAUUUCCCUUGUUGUGAAUCCUUUACUUUUAUUAUGUAAAAAGCAUAAUAUAAAAAAAAUAGGUUCACCUGUAAGGGAGAUUAUUAGGAAAGAUAAUAUGCGAGAAUGAGGGCAAGAGCACCAAUAAAUAACUGAAAUUACUAAAUAAAAACAGUAUUUUGCUUAACAUUCAAGACGGUAGCCUAACUUUGAAAUAGUUCUUUAUGGUUUUGUGUCAACAAAAUACUAAGAUUUAUUCAUGAAAAACCCUAUUGCUGAAUUAAAUCUGUAUUUAUUUCGGUUCUGGGACAAAAGCUGUAAAAUAAAGCGGGCUCUUAUUUUGAAAUGUAGCAUGAGGGGUAUAUAGGUCUAAAGGAGAUGUUCACCACAAAGACGUGAAAAAACCAUAACCAGGUAGAAAACAUAUGACUAUUUUAUUUAGUAAACAUGUUUUUAGUUAAUCCAACAGUCAUUUGGUUUAAAUGUCGCAUCAUUCGAUUCACACAAAAUCUUCGGUUUUAAAUAAAUUUCUUAUGGACAGAGUUUUCAGAAUUAUUUUUUUGUAAAAUGUAAACAUUAUUUAUUAAUUAACACACACAUACAAUAAUUUUGCCUUUAUGCUUCAUUUUUGCAUCAUGUCAGUCUCAGAGAAAGUCCUAAAAAGACAUUUUCUUUUCUUUGCUGCACAAUGUUAAUUUGAAUAUUAAGAGCCAUUUUAUGUCCGAUAUGUACUUUCAUAUAACGAGUGAGUCGAUGUAAUUCAGUAUUUUGUAAAAUACUCUGACGGUGUACAGUUUCUAAGUUAAGAUGAUGAUGGUGCCACAGAAGUCAUGUGACUGUUUAUAAGAAUUUUUAAAUGUUGAUAGUUUUCAGAUUCUGUAAUUAUUAUUUCAUACGUUUUUCUCACACUUAAAUUCAGUUUAUUUCUUUUAUUUACAGUACAACCCUUUUUAACGCAAGUGCCAUUUUUGUCUGAUGUGUUUUUUUUCUCUCUCUCUCUCUCUCUCUCUCUCUCUCUCUCUCUCAGUGGGAGUAGUGCUGUGCCUUAGAUGUUAUCAUGUUUUAGGAAAUGGUCUCUGAAAGCAUCAAAAACUCUAAAUGUCCAAAAGCCAAAAAAAAGUAGUAAGAAUUUCUGUGAAUGCCUUAUACAUGACCUUAGCGAUUUUGAAGUACAUUUUUUGAAAAUAAAACUGAUCUCCCUUUA